GACAGUUUGUCACACAUUCAUAACAAUAUCAUGCAUGCGCCGACUUUUCGUGAACACUACUUCGAAUAAUCGUCUUUCCAAUUUUAGUCCCAACCCUAAGUUAUUUAAUCGUUAGUAACAGAGACAUUCGCAAGAAUAAAAAUGCAAUCAGUCCGAAGGUUGCAAAGUUUUCUUCGGCCUCCAGCGGCAAGAAGUUUGUAUUCCAGUAUCGUUCAUCGAAGCAGUGCAUAUGAUGGAGAUGGAAAAACGACCCUUAGUAUCCUCAAUCUGGAGGCCGAAUCUGGUCUACUGAUAAACUCAUACAGCCAGGUAGGAUUUCGGCUGAAUAACAACAUGGUAGUUCUCGGACCAAUGGCUAUUUUUCCACGAACGGUGUUCUCUUGGAAUGUCGCAAGCUACGAAGACAUCAACGAGGAAAGUCUCAGUCUUUUCAGUGUACUCGAACCAAAAAUUGAUAUUCUGGUCGUGGGGAUUGGAGACCAACCGAUGACGCCGGCGCUCAACAAAAGAAUUAUCGAGUACAUGCGCAAGUAUAGAAUCAACGUCGAGGUACUUAGCACGGAACAGGCAUGUGCUACAUUUAACUUCUUAAACUCGGAGGGACGCGUCGUCGCUGGAGCACUCAUACCUCCAGUAUCGCUACGGGUAAACGAAGACGAUGUAAUGCGGACCCAAGUUGCAAAACGGCAAGUGUAUGAGUUAGAAGAAAACUAAGACCGGGUUGUUACGUUUACACAAAAUAGUACUAAAGAGCUGUAAAUUAAAAUUAACUUAUUA